AUGGGCCGGCCUGACUGGACAGUCCCGGACUACGACUUGGUAACAACAUACUGGCUCUGCAGUUUGGACGACAUGCGGGCGCUGACCGCGGACCCGGAGUGGGUACAGUUGGAGAAGGAAGCCUGUAUCAAGAGUAACAUUGCUAUUGGGCAUUUCGUGGUUGGCCACGAAGUGGUGCAUUUUGAAGGCAAUGUAGAUGAUGCGGGUGCUUGA